AUAGCCAAACUCUGUUCAUAGUGUAACACAUCAUCACGCAUCAUAGAGCUCUCCCCUCACUGCUUUCGUCCUAGUCCAACGGUUAUCCAUGGACGACAUCUCAGAAAAAGACCCUAAGAGAGACAUACGCACAUUUGUGUCUCACGAGCUGAAAAAGGUGUCUGGUCUCGGAGACAAAGAGUUCGCAGUCCUCGCUAACAGAGCUGGGGGACUAUUCGAGUGGGCGUGUCUUGCAUGCAACUACAUCCGAGACAUCGCUACUGGCUCACCCGCAAUUGAUCGCCUCAACGACGUCGUGUCCCACAAUGAUGGAGAGCAGGAAAACUUGUUAUAUGGCAUGUAUAACUUCAUUCUAGGACAAAACAUGCGGAGGGAGAAACACGUCACAGAAGCUGGUUAUCAGCGAGCUCUAGCCAAGUUUCAUUCCGUGAUGGGACAAGUACUUGGCUCGGCCAAACCGCUCUCUUUAGAUGCCCUGAAUGCCAUGCGGUGCCAUUUUCCAGAUAAAAGCGAGCAUUACGGAGUGGAACUCGUGGUAGGAGACAUGGGAUUGCUGCUCAGUGGGACCACCAACUCAUCUAGCGCCAUCCGACCCCUUCACGCAUCCUUCCGGGAAUUAAUUUGGAGCUGUUCGCUAUCGUCAUGGUCACAGAGUGGACGCUUCAGCAACAGCACAGCGCAAGGUUCCAAAAUCUAGCGAUAUUUUCAAAUUCGUUCUCCAUAGAUGUUUCUCGUCCGAUACAAGUAACGUCAUUCUUUGAUCGAUACAACAUCGAUCACUAGCGUUGUUAUCCCGAUUCUAAUUAUCUUAAAUCAAGUUGGACGGGUAUUGGAAGUCCUCCAGGCCCACGAGAUUCUCCUUUAUGCUUCUCGCCGAAACGAACCGGUAAAAGAUGCUAAUACUCCCAGCUUUGUCAUUGGUCCCACUCGCUCGUCCUCCUCCAAAGGGUUGCUGAC